AAAGCUUAGAAGACGGCGGCCGUUCGGUCGAAUGUUUUGAAGUUUCCGACUUCUACCGCCAUACAAGAGGCCCCAACACAGUCUUUGGCUUCACAACACUGAAUGAAAGCAGAGCGGAAACAACAUGGACGAUUUUGAAGAGGAUAUUUUUGACCGUAACAUUGAUCAACUAGAUGUCCGUGAGACCCCAAGGUGGGAGCUGUCUGAGGAGGAGGAUUCAGGGGGCUGUGAGGUAGACAAUCUCAUGAACCAAAAGACCAACAGGAAACAGAAGAAUCCUGCAGAAGAUGAACAAGUUGAAAACACCAAGCUUUCCCAGGUGGCAACAUCCACAAACCUGCCUGUACAAAACCCUGGAGUCCCAUCUGUUGGCCCCAAAGGUCCAGAACGACCCAUACCAGUGUCCUUGACAAAUGGUGCUCCUCAAAGCCCCCUGCUGACUAGGGCCCCCAGUGGCCCUCAUAGCUGUGCCAGUACUACUGAGAGUGUGAAGACAGUCAUGUCACCUUUGUAUGCCAGGAAAAUGGAUAAGGCCAAGAUUGAUGCUUUAGUUCAAGCUGCAUAUGCAAAAGAUGAAGAUUCUAUUAAGGACUUUGGUGCUGCUGAAAGAUGUAAACAGUCCAGUCAGUCCCAGAGUAAACCAAUUAAACCAGUUGCACCGUCAAACACCAUGAAAAAAUUAACACCAUGGGAGGAUGAUGAUGCCGACUCAAUCAAGGACUUUUCAGGGACUGACAGAAAGAAAGAGGAAAAAUACAUGGAGCGAACAGAUGAGGCUAUCUAUCAACGUGCUUCAGAGGAACACAUCAAAAGGCCUCCUAUCUGGCAUGACGAGGAAGUUGACUCUCUUAGGGACUUUGGCAGGAUCUCGGGCAAACAGGAGAUGCCAUCUGGUAUGACCAGUCAACAGAUCAGCAGAGUACCAUCAGAUGAAGAGCUGUGCCUAUCUCCCCCCUGGAACGAUGAAGAUGAUGGGCCUGUCAGGAACUUUGUGUGUACUGCCCCUGACCAUAAGAACUAUGGUAUCAACAAGAUGGUGACAGAGGAACAGAUGCGGCAGAUUCCACCUUGGCAUGAUGAUGACAUGGACUCUACUAGGGAUUACGCUGAGUUUUGCAAGAUGGCGUCGAUUGAGAAUUCCCGUCGGCCAUCGGAAGAAAACAUUUACUUGACCCCUCCCUGGAUGGAAGAUGAUCGGUCCUCCUGCGCUCAAAUCUUCAAAUCUCCGCCACAGAGCAACACGGCCUCAACUGCUCACAUGACGCUAGAGGAGAAACGAGCCAUUGAGGAAGAAGCGAAGAACUCUGGACUGAACGCUGGCGCGGACAAAGCCCAGGCAUUCCGCAAAGAAAAGACCCAAGAGGGGACUACUGGUGCUCAGCUCCCAGGCCGUGAUAGCGGCUUUUGCAGUGAACAGGACCAGCAUGCACAGCAAGCUCCAGCGACAACUGUCAUUGCCGACUCGGAGACAGAAAAAGAUUUCCCCUCUACAAAUGAGCUACUGGAAGAACUCCCAGAAGUCCCGAGUCCUCAGUCUAUUCCUGUUCCACGCAGUGCACCUGUAGCCUUCAGUACAACUGCACCAAUGUGUAGCGGUAUGCCGCAGUACGUCAUGCCUGUCACAGCACCUGCCUCGUCCUCACUCAACCCUGUGUACGUGCACAAUACCUCGAACAGACCAGUCAUGACGACCGUAGCUGCGGUAAACCCAGUGGUCCGAUCAACGACCCAAGAGGUACCUCCACCUCUUCACUUGAUGACGCGGCAGCAGAUGCUGCAAUUACUGACUCAACAGCAGCAGCAGCAGCCCCCGUCACAGAUCCCUGAUUCAGGAAAGCGUAUUGGUGUUGUGAGGCAAGGUAGUGGGGAUAUAGGUCUUGUAACUUCUAGUCAUAUGGUCCGGCAACAGAACCCUGAGGUAACCCCUACCACAACUACAGUCCCCCAAGAUAAAGAGAUGAUUCCCCACUCGGUACCACAGUCACGUGCCACCCAACAGGCGCUGGCAGACGACACCAGGAUGAUGUAUAACAUGGCGUGUGCUGCCAAAGGUCUUGCCCGCAGCGCAAGUCACUCCAGCAUGGAAGCAAACUGCUACUCCCCGCACGACGCGCUUGAAGGGUUCGAGACCUCGAGUGUGGUAAGCUUUGCCAGCACUGCUGCCACGCACCAAGACCUGGACACUCGGAUCGACAUGAUGCAGUCCCUACUCUCCCUUCUUGGCACACACGACAAGGAUGACAUGUCACGCACUCUCCUAGCCAUGUCCAAUAGCAAGGACUCUUGCGCGGCCAUGCGCCAAUCAGGAUGCCUGCCGUUACUCAUAGACUUACUCCACGGCCGUGACAACCCAAAGUCGCGGCGUGACGCGAGAGCGAGAGCUGGACUUGCGUUGCAUAAUAUUGUGUACACAAACGUCGAGGAUCGCCGUGGUCGACGAGAGAUUCGAGUGCUGAGGUUACUAGAGAUUGUGCGCGCGCAUUGUGACGUAGUGCAUUAUGGAGACAUGCCUCCACACCCCUGUGCUGAACGGUGGUAUCCCCCGCUCCGUGACUACGGACCGGGACCAGCUGUUGCAGCGCUCAUGAAGCUAUCGUUCGAGGAGGAGCAUCGCACUGCGAUCUGCGAGCUCGGUGGCCUUCACGCUAUCGCAGAACUCAUCGAGAUCGACCACAAGGUGAACGCGGAGUGCAAGGACUUCUACAGCAUCAGCCUGCGCAAGUAUGCUGGGAUGACCCUGACAAACCUGACCUUCGGCAACACCAAGAACAAGACUAUUCUCUGCAAAAUGGACAAGACUCUAGAAGCUUUGAUCGCGCAGCUCGGGACCACAGAGGAAGAAGAGAUCGUGCAAGUGUCGGCGAGCAUAUUGCGUAAUCUCAGCUGGCGCGCAGAUGACGUUUGCCGAGAAGCGCUCAAGUCGUGUAACGCUACUAGGUCUUUAAUCGAUGUCGCAAGUAAGGUUACCGGUGAGACCGCUCUCAGGACUAUCCUAAGUGCUCUGUGGAAUCUCUCUGCGCAUUGCUCAGAGAACAAGACCGAGCUAUGUAGCUCACCGGGAGCUCUCAAGUUUAUCGUGAAGUGCUUGAGUUACUGCAGUCCAAGCGGGAAUAUAUCGGUCGUGGAGAGCAGCGGAGGAAUCUUGCGCAACCUCUCGUCGCAUAUCGCGGUCCGGUCCGAGUAUCGUAAGGUUCUGCGCGCGAACGCCUGCUUCCACACCCUCCUCAGCCACUUACGUUCGCCGAGUCUCCGAGUGGUGAGCAACGCGUGCGGGGCACUGUGGAACUUGUCGGCGCGUUGCCCCGAGGAUCAAGAACUCUUGUGGGAGCUAGGAGCCGUGUCUCUACUCAAGUCACUCGCUAAUUCCAAGCACAAAGCCAUUGCGACCGCUUCCUCUGCAGCGCUUAGAAACUUGAUGGCAGUCAAGCCUACAAGCUCACACGCGACAGAUAACGAGUCCGUGUCGUCACGUCAAGCUCGUCGGUACCGCAGCAUGCCAGCGGGCACUCGGACACAAGAGGCGCAGUCCAAACUCAGGCAAUCAGCUCGCGAUCGUGUCAAGUCUCCCGGGACUCAGUCGCCUCGCAUGCAACAGUCACCACAGGCUCGGUCACCGCACACUCACUCCCCAAGAUCCGAGUCUCCAGUGGUACAACGAGAAGACGCAAGAGUAAUGGAUAACCAAGACACCGAGUCUGUUGCGUCCAUUGCGAACAGUAACUCGAGUACAGGCUCAGCCCGUGCUGCUAGAGAAUCCAAGGGUGGCGCUUUGGCGAUGAAUGGAAAGCCUAGACAGAAAGGCGAUUCUAGUAGUAUCGGCAGUGGUGCAUCCAUGGAAGGUCGACACAAUCAUCUGGGCAGAUGGAGCGGGAGCAAUGAUUCCCUAUCGCGACACCGAAAAAACAUGGACCUCUCUCACGCACGCCCUCAACAAACAGGACAGGACGGGCACGCACGCCCUCAGCAGACCGGGCAGGACGGGCAUUCGCGUUCCUCUAGCGACGGCGGUGCAGUCAUCCAGCUCGUCACGGACAGCUACCCCCUGCAGGUCACCGCCAAGACGUCACUCUGCAAGGGUCAGGAGUCUCGCCAGGAGGGGGCCACUUCCAGGGUGCGUCAGGCGCUGGGCUACACCGGCUCCCAACCAUCCGUCUUGUCCGGACGCCAGAGUGAUACUGGGUCGGUGGUGUCUCCAGGGACCGCUCGGCGGUUGAACCAGUGGGCCGAGAUCCAGGUGAGUGAGAGCAUCGAGAUGUCAAGUAUGUCCGCACGCAUGCGCCCUGAGAGCAGGAUUACCCAGAAUGCACCGGCGGUAGCGGCUAGUCGUGAGAGCGUCAACUCAUCACGUCAGAGGCGUCGGCGUGUGCAGAAAUUCCGGUCGUACCGAGACACAGACAGCGACCCGGAAGCGGACAUCGACUCAGAUGACGACAGGACCAUGUUCAGCACGCGUGGCAACACCGGAAACGCGUGGGUCAAGAAAAACGGAAAUCGAAAUGCAUUUCGGGGUCACAUGACCGAAAAUGGAAUCCAGUCUCCUCGGAUGCAGACCAAGAUGGCGGAGGAUCGAUGCGUGUGCACUGAGGUGUCCAACGUCUGGAUCAAGAGGGGCAAGUCAGCGGACGCUCUUCCUAAGCGCAUGUGCGAAAAAUGUAACAAGGAAAAGCAGGAAGGCAACGGAAUUACGGCCGUGAAGACGCGACGGAACUCAAGCGACUCGCCGCUGUCCAGUCCCAGCGCUAUGCGAGUGCCGAGGGUCAUAUCUGAUCCCGAGGACGCGGAACUUGAGGCUAGCAAAAGAGGAGUCAGGGUGACGUCAUUAUGACGUAAUACGGUGACAUUUGUGACGUCAUCAGAGGACAAUGCGCCAUAGUGAGAUAGAUGCCAAUGUCUUAUUUAUGCAGGUGUUCUAAUCACUUAUGAUGACCAUGACUCAAGCCUAGUACUGCGCGUUCCGAUUGGGUUUUCUGUGUUUAAUAAAUAUUGUGGCGUCAGAAGAAACCAUCUCCCCGUUCUCGGAGUUGUCUCUAUCCAGCCCUCUAGCCUCACAUCCAACCACGAGAUAACCUUGUUGAGUUGAUAAUGCCGGUAUUGCUAGGUGAAUGUGUAUAUGAGCUUACGGAAUAUGAUAAAAAAAUUAAUUGAUGUUAUUACCAUGA